AAACUUAUAAAUUUACCUACUCCCAAUCUCGAAAACAAACACUUAGCUUCAACAACUUAAACCCCAACUUUUAAAUAAUACCGUUUUUGCGGAAAGAGAUUUCCUACUUUUCAAUCGUGUACCCAAAGUGGGCAGUGAACAAUUAAUCGAACUUAUACGACGACUUAGUGUAAUCAACAAAUUCAAAGCUAAACGCAGCAGUCCCGCUGAACCGGUUAUAUAUCGUCUGAAUGAAAUGCAACAAUUAGAUUGGGCUUUACAAUUUUACGAUAUGGGUGAAGCUCACAGUUAUGCUAUGCAUAUUAAUUAUAUAGAUUUUCGUUCCUUUGAUUUGCCACAACCGAUUUAUAUUAAUAUGGUAAGAGAUCCGGUAGAACGUGUUAUUAGCUGGUAUUUUUAUAUGCGUACACCCUGGAGAGCGGUACAACGUUAUAGGCGAGUUAAAACUUUUCAUUCGUCAAAGUUUUAUAAAAAAGAUUUUGCCCAAUGUGUUAAGAGCAAAGAUCGAGAAUGUUUGUUUAUUCAAGAUGGUCAAUUUCGUGAUACCGAAGCUUCUCACAUCAGACAAACGCUAUUCUUUUGUGGACAUCAUAAGGACUGCGAACCCUUUAAUAGUGCUGGCGCUUUACAAAGAGCUAAACAAAAAGUCGAAAGUGAAUAUGCCGUAGUGGGCUCUUGGGAAGAUGUUAAUGUCACACUAAAUGUUUUGGAAAAUUAUAUUCCCCGCUAUUUUAAAGGGGCUACGCAGUUGUACUAUGGUAUGUUGUCACUGACUAAGUCAACGAAUGUAGGCUAUAAUGUUAAAUGUAUUAUUUUACUUAUCUACCUUUUUCUAGAUAAAGAUACGGGGUUGUUUAAUGAAAAACGCAAUGUUAAUAGCUGGAAACCUCCCAUAGAUGAGGAAAUUAAGAAUAUUAUACGACACAAUUUUACCCGAGAAUAUGAAUUUUAUUAUUUUUGUAAACAACGUUUGUAUAAACAAUAUUUAGCUUUAGGAAAUUUAUUUUAAUUUAAUAGAAACUUUAUUUAAAAAAUAUUUGGCAAAACUUUUUCAUUAAAAUUUAGUGGAAGCGGUAAA